AAAGGCAAAACCUUAACCCCUGGACCACCAGGGUCUUCGUUCCCCGACCAGGGAUCUAACCUGCACCCUCUGCAUUGGGAGGCUGAGCCUUAACCACUGGACCACCAAGGAAGUCCCAGGGGUGCAUUUUCAUGGCCACCACAAGUCCCUCUCAGCCAGCACCCUAAGCAGCAGCUCUCCCGUCCUCCUUAACCCUUUGGAGAUAAUUCAGAAAUACAAGCCCACGCCUGAAAGCGACCAGGAGGAAGGAUAGCUUUAGAUGAUGCAAACAGAAAUUCCACCGGCCUCCAGAUACCAUCAUGUGUCAUGUUUCGCCAGGCUCCACAAGCUUGUGCUUCAGACUGGCUUGGUCACUCGCAGGUGAGCAGGCUGAAGACUCUGCUCCCCGGAAAGGAGAAGAUGACUGACACUGAGUUCAACUACGUUCACAGGCUGGCCGAGGACUAUCUGAAAUAUGUGUUGCAGAUACAGCAACCUGGAUCCGGGGCAAGCAAAACAUCCAGGGUGUUACAAGUUGUGGCUUCCUCUGUCCAGAACGAAGUGGAAAGAACGUUGAAGCAGUGCUUGGAUAAGUUUGAUGUGGUGUCCAUAGACACUGCCAGAAGAAUAUUCAACCAAGUGAUGGAAAAGGAAUUUGAAGAUGGCAUUGUUAACUGGGGCAGGAUUGUAACCAUAUUCGCCUUUGCAGGUAUUCUUAUCAAGAAACUUCUGGGCAAGUGUAUUGCCCCAGACAUGGACAUGUGCAAGGACAUUUCUUACUUUGUGGCGGAGUUCAUCACCGAAAACACAGGAGAAUGGAUAAGGCACAAUGGAGGCUGGGAAAAUGGCUUUGUAAAGAAGUUUGAAACCAAAUCUGGCUGGCUGACUUUUAUGGAAGUUACAGGAAAGAUCUGUGAGACAUUAUGUCGCCUGAAGCAAUACUAUUGACUGAAAAGGACACUCCACAUUGUGAAAUUUGUCUAAUUUUUUAUCUCAUACAAGAAGUACUGUCAACACUUACUUCUACUUCUAAACAGAGAACUUUGAUGACGUAACUUGACAUUCUGGAGUUAUGGGAAUUUUGUCCCCAUUUUAGUGAAUAAAUUGUAUGUAUUACUUGUAGCUAUAUGUGAUGUGUACCAUCUGGGAGUCUAACAACAAAA